CAGCAGGCAGCUUCAGAUGUCAAGAUGAACACCUCGAGCUGUCUAAGACCAAAAUCGUUUGAGAACAUUCUUUUUGCCAUGGCGAAGGGACGGGGUCGCUCGGGCCUGGUGUUGCUUUGUGUGGCGCUGGCUGUGUGUGCAGGUACAGGCUUCGUGAGUAAUCCAGGAACACCAAGGUUGACGACCAAAGCCAAGGAGUCAGUAGCAGCUCGGCACGAUGGUCCAGUGGAGACCGUAGCCCCCCCGCAGCUUGACUUUUCGACGAAGACGGCGGAGCUGGAUAGUUGGCUUUCCUCUCUUCCCGGCUGGCUUUGGCGUGCGGUGAUCUUGUUUCUUACUAUGCUGUGGGCUACAAACUUCGCAGUAAUCAAGGACAUCACAGCUCAGCCCGGUGUCAACACGCAGAUGUACGCGGUGUCCCGCUUCACUGUGGCAGCCGGCGUGCUGCUGCCUUGGAUCAGCAGCAUCUCUUCGCAGAAGGUCUUCUUGCGCGCCGCGGAGUGUGGUAGUUGGUUGGCAUUUGGCUAUAUCGGCCAGGCCAUCGGAUUGAUGACGACGACGGCGUCCAAGUCAUGCUUCAUUUGCACUCUGAAUGUCGUGUUUGUAGCAAUGAUUAUCGGUAUCACCAAAAAGAAGUUCGACCCACAGACGCUGAUGGCGGCCACGCUGGCAGUGUGUGGAGUCGGCUUUUUGGAGUUGGCUGGCUCGCAGCAAUUCGUGAUAGGAGAUCUCAUUUCCCUUGCUCAGCCCGUUGGCUUUGGCAUGGGUUACAUCCGCUUAGAAGAGAUCAUGCAAGAUUCCCCUAAAGAUGCCCUGCCGGUCGCAGCGGCUGGGAUUGCACUUUGUUGGGGUUGUGCGGGAGUUUCUGUGUGCCGGCUUUCUAUGGAUGAUGCUUUCUAGGCUUUGCCAGAUUUAGCUGAUUCCUCCCUGGUGAUUCAAGGGGUGAUCCGAUUGGUGGCCGAAUUGGGUUGAGAGUGGUUUGUCCGACUUGUGAGAUACUCUUUGUGUUUGUUGAAGGUUUUGCACUUUGGCCAGACAGUGGCAUUGCUGGGUGUUUGACAGGGUCGAUUGUUUUGCAGAGAGUCUUAUGCCAGGAGUUGCCGCAGGAGUAUCUACCUUGGAAGGUUGACAAGGAAACCUCAUGAACUUUGGAGGCUGGCAGGGUCUGCUGUUGGAUGAAGCACGUUCCGACUGAACUGAAUGGUAUUUAUUUCCGCUUGUUCUUCCCUGAUGGCAUGACUAGUGAAGAGGAACUGAACACAUCAUGUUUUCUUGUUACUCGCACGGCGGAAGUUCUGGACAUGUUGAAGCACUGUUUUACUGCGUACGGUCUCUUCACAAAGCUCGGCCAAGCGAUGACUGGGCUUCGGCAGGCAGAACUCCAAUAGAACCUAAACUUGCUGGCAGGACGGUGAAGGCCAAGCCGCCAUCAUUUUAACGGAGGAUGGUGGCUUCAUGCAGGGCAUUGCCAAAGGUUGGUUGAAUCGUUCAGAAGAACUCAUUUCUACUAGGAACAAAGACGCUACUAGGGUCUCCUGGCCUUACUACUAGGAGCAAGGACGCUACGAACUGUCUUUUGCUUUGGCCAAUGAGCAGCCUCCUGAAGCGAGAAGAAGUUCUCAUAAUGACCAGCGGCUGCCUUCGCCAAGAAGGCGUCGCAGCCUGAAUCCAUUCAAGUUCCCAAUACCUAUGGGAAGAGCUCCCAUAUUGAGCUUGCAAUUUCCUCUUGCUCCCUUUCCUGUAUUACUUGGCUUUCUAAGGCGACAGGCAGCUGGGGUGACACGGGUGAUGAGUUGAAC